UAUAAUGCCAGAAACUGAGCUGCUAUCCAAACCUGUUGCUCCCCUCUGUUUCCAUCUGCAGCCAAAAGGGUUUUAAAGUCAAGCAAACGCCAAGAUGUCGGAGAAAAAGAUGUCUUCAAGUCGUAAGCAUCAUCUGAAGAGUUUGAUGCUGUCCAUUGCCAAAGGUUUACUAGAGGAGGAAGAGAGGGAGAGGGAGCAGGAAAAGACGAGGUACAUGGCAGAGAGCUGUCCUCCUCCAUCGAUGCCCAGAAGCAUGCAGGAGCUGCAGGAGCUGUGCAGGGAGAUUCACCACAAAAUCGAUGUGAUCGAUGAGGAGCGAUAUGACCUGGAGAUAAAAAUCGGCAAAGCCAACAAGGAGAUUGACGACCUGAAGAUCAAAGUUCAGGACCUGAUGGGCAAAUUCAAGAAGCCUGUCCUGAAGAAAGUGCGUAUGUCCGCUGACGCCAUGCUGAAAGCUCUGCUGGGCUCCAAACACACAGUAAACCUGGACCUGAGGGCCAACCUGAAGCAGGUCAAGAAGGAGGUGAAAGAGGAGGAUAAGGAACUCCGUGACGUUGGUGAUUGGCGCAAAAACAUUGAAGACAAAUCCGGCAUGGAUGGAAGGAAGAAGAUGUUUGAGGCUGAGGCUUAAAAUAAGCACCAAGGGCGUUUUUAGUCUGACUUUGACUAGAUUGGACUGGUUUAACUCCUGGUUAGAUUGCACAAAUUAAUUUUUUGACCACCUUGUAAACUGUAGAAACUUCAACUGAAUAAACAAACAGCAUCUGCUGAAGGACC